AGAAUUGUGUUUAUCAAUUUGAAUUUAUUUGGCUUAUGAAUAUGGAUAAUUGGUUAAUUGAUGAUGGUGAAGAGACAUGGAAAUGGAAUUGGACAGAAUUAUGUGGGUAUCAUGGAGAUUUUAAACCUUUAAAUCCAGAUACACGUGAUCUUGAUGUAUGCUUCCAACAGCUUUGCCUCCAGAUUCCAGUUUUAACCUGUAUUGCUAUAAUUUCUGCUUAUCACUGUGGAAAAAGAAACAUAUAUUCUAUUCAUCAUUUUGGCUCUAAUUAUGUCAUAAAAUUGAGAAUUAUAAUUACAAUGUGCCUUAUAAUUCUUCCUAUACUUAGAGCAUAUAUUAUUCUUAGUAAUACUGUUCUUGCUCCAUCAAAACAUACACUAUCUAGUAAUAAUUCAAUACAUAUUAUAACAUCAACUGAAAGGCCAGAUAUAUCUUCGGAAAGUUCACAUAUAUUAUAUCAGAUACAAGAUAAAUGGAAUCAUACUAUUGAUUUUGCAAAAUCAAUUCUUUUUCCGAAGACCAGUAUUCAAAAUGUCACUGACUCUCCUAUCAUUUCUAACAUACAAAAGUACAAUCCAAUAUUAAUUACAGUCAAAGACAAAACCACAUCUGCCAAACCCAUUGAUUAUCUCGUGGCUGGUACUGAAGGAAUAGCAUGGGUUGUUCAUCUUUGUUUUAUAAUGAACUUAAGAAAAGGAAGAAAUUUUAAUCCACGUGGUCCUGUUUUAAUUCGAGCAUUAAUAUUUUUAUUGAUUGUUAUAUCUAUAUUAUUGUUAAGAAGUCAUAUCAAAUACAAUCCACAAAAUGAUGUUUUACCAGAUUUGUCAUUGGGAUUUAGUAUCAGUGUAGUCACUCUAUUAAUACUCUAUGCUGUAACACUAAUACCAGGUCAUAAUAGUUUACGAGAUAUGAGGUCGUCUCAAUAUAAUGAAAUAGGAGAACGAACUGCACUAUUGAAUAGUCCUAAUUCUUCUUAUAUAAGAUUUCCUGAAGAACAGGACCCAACUUAUCUUGGGAUUGCUAUGGAAAAUGCAACUAUAAUUUCUAAACUUAUAUUUCAUUGGGUAAAUCCACUAAUGGAAAAAGGUGUUCAUGGUUCAUUAAAUAAUUCUGAUGAUUUAUUUGACUUACCAGAAUACAUCAGUACUAAUACAAUUAAUCAAAAGAUUGAUAAGCAUUUACAAAAUAUGCAAAGUGAUGUAACUAAUAGAGUGGAAAAUUUUGAAUCAAUAUUAGAGAAUAAUGAAGAAGAAACAGAAACACACAUUCAAACUAUUAAAAAUAAAAUAACUUUGUUUAAAUUAUUACAUAAAUGCUUUGGUUGUGAGUUUUAUUUUGUUGGAAUAUUAAAAUUUAUUACUGAUUCCACUUCGUUUCUGGGACCAUUAUUACUUAAUAAAUUAAUUGGUUUUAUUGAAGAUAAAAGUGAACCUGUCUUAUAUGGAUAUUUAUAUGCAUCAUUAAUAUUUAUAAGUGCUUUAAUAGGAGCUUUUUGUAAUACUCAUUUCACUUUCUGGAUGUCUGUAAUUGGUUUAAAAAUUCGUUCUACAGUUGUAACUUUAUUGUAUCGAAAGAUUUUGCAUUCCUCAAAUGUACAAAUGAGAAAACAAUUUAAUUUUGGUGAAAUUGUUAAUUUUAUGAGUACAGACAGUGAUAGACUUGUUAACAGUUGUGCAAGUUUUCAUGCAUUUUGGAGCAUACCAUUACAGUUAAUUGUAGCAUUAUAUUUUCUAUACAAGCUAAUAGGAGUUUCAUUCCUAGCUGGUAUUACUUUUGCAGUAGUGCUUAUACCUAUAAAUAAAGUGAUAGCAAAUCAAAUUGGAAAAUAUAGUACGAAAUUGAUGGAGUGGAAAGAUCGAAGAGUUAGACUUAUAGGGGAAACACUACGCGGAAUAACUACAAUUAAAUUAAAUGUGUGGGAAGAUCAUUUUUUGCGAAAUAUAUUAAAAUUACGUGAAAAUGAGAUUAAGUAUUUACGCGGCAGAAAAUAUUUAGAUGCUUUGUGUGUUUACUUUUGGGCUACAACACCUGUAUUGAUUUCCAUAUUAACAUUUGCUACAUAUGUACUUCUUGGAAAUAAACUUGAUGCAAAGACAGUUUUUACUAGUAUGGCAUUGUUGAACAUGCUAAUUGCUCCAUUGAAUGCAUUUCCAUGGAUUUUGAAUGGUCUUACAGAGGCUUGGGUAUCACUUAAAAGAAUUCAAAGGAUGUUAGAUUUACCAGAUAUAGAUUUGUCAUCAUAUUAUUCAGAACCGCCACCUAGAAUAGAUUUAAUGCUCCAAGAUAUAAUAUUUAGCGUAAAUGGAAAUCAAAAUACAGAGCAAAAUGGUCUCACUAAAUCUAAAAAUGUUUCAAGCCCAUCUGGUAGUUCAGAGUCUAAAAAAACUGUUACCUUUGAAGGUGAUGGCAUUUUUAAUUUAAAUGACAUUAGUAUUACUGUCCCAAAGGGACACUUAAUUGGUAUUAUGGGAGAAGUGGGCAGCGGAAAAUCAUUACUUUUUGAUGGUAUUUUAGGUGAAAUUAUCAAGGUUCGUGGAAUAAUAGCAGUAAAUGACAGCAAAAAAGGUUUUGCGUAUGUGAAACAAAAUCCAUGGUUACAGCGUGGCACAAUUCGGGAGAACAUUCUUUUUGGCAAACCAUAUGAUUAUAAUAAAUAUAAGAAUAUCUUAGCAGCAUGUGCUCUCAGUACUGAUUUAAAUUCUUUACCUAAGAAAGACCUAACACUUAUUGGCGAGGCAGGAAACACAUUAAGUGGAGGUCAAAAAACAAGAAUUUCUUUAGCACGUGCUAUAUAUGCGGAUAAAGAUAUUUAUUUAUUAGAUGAUGUUUUGGCAACUUUAGAUCCAAAAGUCGCUAGUUACGUGUUUAAACAUGUUAUUAUGGGUUUAUUAAAUAACAAAACAAGAUUAUUAUGUACUCAUCAAACUCGAUAUUUAAUGUAUGCAAAUUUAGUAUUAGAAAUGUCGAAAGGUAGAAUCAUUAAUCAAGGCAAACCAAGUGACGUGUUAUCUGAUUUAGAGGAUUACUUAUUAUCUUCAGAUUCUAUAGAGUCAGAUUUAAAUAUCAUGUCCGCGAAUGAUUUGCCAACGGAAUUAUAUCAAAUUAAUAGGGAUGAAAAAGAUGUCUUACUUGAUGAAGAAUAUAAAGAGAAAGGCAAAAUACGACUUGGAGUAUACAACUGUUACAUAAAAGCAAUAGGUCCUUAUUUGGCAAUUUCAAUUAUUCUCUCUAUGUUUUUAAUGCAAAGUUCUAAAAAUGUCACGGAUUUAUGGCUUUCAUACUGGGUUACUCACGUUAAUAUAAAUGUAACUAAUAUCACAGAUAGCUCAUCAACUUUACGAUUGCAAUAUUUCUUUGAAGAUUAUAGUAUAAGUACAGAUUAUUAUUUAACGGUAUAUGCGUUGUUGGCUGUAUUUAAUACAAUAUUUACAUUAAUGAGAGCAUUUAUAUUUGCAUAUAGCGGAAUUCAAGCAGCAAUUUGUAUACACAAACAACUUUUAAAAAUUAUAGUACGGGCUAAAGCUAUCUUUUUUGAUGUUCAACCAUUUGGUAGCAUUUUAAAUAGAUUUUCAUCUGAUACAUAUACAGUUGAUGAUAGUCUUCCUUUUAUCGCUAAUAUAUUGUUUGCUCAGUUAUUUGGCUUGAUUGCAACGAUUAUUGUUGUAGCCUAUGGAUUGCCGUGGAUACUUUUAGUAUUGGCGCCAUUAAUACCGGUUUAUCAUUGGAUUCAAAAUCAUUAUAGAUUAACAUCGAGAGAAUUAAAGCGCUUAUCCAGUGCUGCUCUUUCACCAUUGUAUGCACAUUUCAACGAAACUCUACAUGGAUUAUCUACCAUUAGAGCUUUCCGCACAGUUUCUCGUUUCGAACAAGAAAACGAACUCUUGUUAGAAAUUAGUCAAAAAACGCAAUUUGCAUCGUUUGCUGUGAGCCAAUGGCUUGCACUAAGAUUACAACUUAUUGGAGUGGCACUUUUAGCAGGAGUGAGCAAUAUAGCAGUUUUACAACAUCAAUAUAAUAUUGCGGACCCUGGUUUAAUAGGUCUUAUUAUUACUUACACAUUAUCCGUGACUGGAUUACUUUCUGGUGUAGUAAACGCAUUUACCGAAACAGAGAGGGAAAUGAUAGCGGUUGAACGCGUAAAACAAUAUUUAGAAAAUAUUCCGAUAGAAACUGUAAAAGGAGAAAAUCCACCAUAUGCUUGGCCGAGUCAAGGUGUAAUUGAAUUUAGAGAUGUUGUUUUAAAAUACAGAGAACAUUUAGUACCAUCUUUAAAUGGUAUAUCGUUUAUUACUAGACCAGCAGAAAAAAUUGGAAUCGUUGGUCGUACGGGUGCUGGAAAAAGUUCUCUGUUCGCUUCAUUAUUUAGAUUAACAGAAAUAACUGUUGGAAGUAUAUUGAUCGAUAACGUUAAUAUAGAAACUUUACAAUUAAACGCAAUAAGAUCUCGAUUAGCUAUCAUACCACAAAAUCCAUUUCUAUUUUCGGGCACGAUACGAGAGAAUCUUGAUCCCCUAAAUCAAUAUCCAGAUUUACAAAUAUAUAAAGCCAUCGAGAAAUGCAAAAUUCAUUCGUUAGUAUAUCGUUUGGGGGGGUUUGGUGCUACUUUGGAUGAAGGGGGUAGCAAUCUUAGUGCAGGUCAAAGGCAACUGUUCUGUUUAGUUAGAGCAAUUUUACAUAAUGCUAAGAUCGUCUGUAUUGAUGAAGCUACGGCAAAUGUUGAUCAAGAAACAGACAAGUUUAUUCAAGCGACAAUAAAAUCUUCUUUCCAAACUGCUACAGUAUUUACUAUAGCACAUAGGAUAAGAACGAUCAUGUACUGUGAUAGAGUACUUGUACUAGGAGAUGGAGAAGUUUUAGAAUUUGAUGAACCCAAUUUAUUAAUUGAAAAUAUUGAUUCUCAUUUCUAUCAUCUUAUAAACCAAGAAUUUUCUGAUAAGGAGUGAAUAUUAAAAUAUUUGUAUUAAGUCAAACUACCUCGCUGUAAAUUCUUACAUUGUGGGUAAUAUAAGAAUUCAUCAAAAUCAGAAUACUCUUUUUUUGUAAUAAUCCAACUCUUUAAAUGUCGUCUGAAAUACUGUUGGUAUUAUUUUCAAGUCAAUAGACUUUCUUGUAAAAUUGAAAUCAUCUAAUAUUAAAUAUCCUUUAUCUAUAAGAACAGCUCUUUGAUCAUUUAAAAAUAUAUUAACUUUGUUAACAAUACCUACAAUCUUUAUCCAAUAAAGUGAAUAAUAUUUGUACAUUAACACGUAAA